AUGGAGCGACGACCAAGCUGCGCCUUGAUGGGCAGAGAGGUUCUCCUCGGGCUGGGCCUCUCCUUCGUACUGUGGGGGCUGCUGCUGCCCUGCACAGACUGCAGCCCCCAGCCCUCUUGGGGCUACACAGCCUACGAGAUAGUCAUUCCAAAGAAACUUGGCACCAAGGCAGGGAGAGCCAGCCAGGACCAAGUGUCCUACAGCAUCAGCAUUCAGGGGGUGAAUUACACAAUUCAUCUCAGGCAGAAAGACUUUGUAAUAAAAAACUUCCCCGUAUUCACUCGUGACUCCCAAGGGGAAAUCGUGGCUCAGCAGCCUCAUGUGCCAGCAGAUUGCUAUUACCAUGGCUACGUGGAAGGCAUCCUGGACUCCGCGGUGACUCUGAUGACCUGUUCUGGGCUCAGAGGACUGCUGCAGAUUGGAAACUCAAGCUACAGCAUCGAGCCCCUGGCAGCUUCUUCCAUGGCUGAGCAUCUUCUGUUGCAGAGGGAGGAGGUGGUUCCUGGAACGGUGAUGUACAAAAUGCCCAGCGAAGGUGGACAAUUUCCAGGUCCUGGUAAAGCAAGAAGACAGUUCAGGCCCCGGCGACACACGCGGUAUUUGGAGCUCCUUGUUGUGGUGGACAAGGAAGGGUUUGAUGCCUUUGGCAGAAGUAUAACUGAUGUGACACUGGAAGUUGUUGAAAUAAUCAAUCUGGUGGAUGGACUCUUUUAUUCUUUCCACCUUCGUGUUUUGAUAACUGCACUAGAGGUUUGGGUGGAGAAGAACCCUAUCAGUGUUACCCAAAACAUAACCGAGGUCCUGCAUGAUUUUAACCUUUGGCGGAAGCAGCAAAGCCUUUCGUACGCCAGACACGACGUGGGGUGUCUGUUUGCCUCGAUGGACUUCGAUCAUGGGAUGAGAACGUUCCACGUAGGCAGCAAAUCCAACUUUGCCAGUGGAUGUGAUAGAAAACAUGCCUCUGCUGUUGUAUCGUUUGCAAAGCAGCCCUAUGUGGACACUGCUGUCCACGUCGCUCGUGCACUGGGGCACGUCCUUGGCAUGAAGCACAACGACGGAUACUGCAGAUGUGGAAACACCUCUAAGUGCAUCAUGAGCACACAUGGCACAGUCAACUUUCAAUUUAGCAACUGCAGCAAAAAGCACUAUUUGGAUUUUAUAGCAUCAGGGCGAGGAUUCUGCCUUAAUAACAUCCCAGAAUCAGUGAGGACAUUUGCACCGCGGCGCUGCGGGAACAGGGAGGAGUGCAACUGCGGCUUGGGAGCGCGAUGUAAAUCAGACCUUUGCUGUGCCAAUACCUGUCAAAAAAAAGGAGCUAUUUGUACUUCUGGAGGCUGCUGUAAGAAUUGCAAACUUCUUCCAGAAGGAGAAGUAUGUAGGGAGAGUACAGGUCCGUGUGACCUGCCCGAGUAUUGCAAUGGGACAUCUGAGCAUUGCCCAGCAGACGUGGCCAAGCAAGACGGGAGCGUGUGUGCCGAGGACGGGUACUGUUACUCAGGCGAAUGCCGAUCUCUCUCGUUACAGUGCAUGAGUAUCUUUGGCAAGGAAGCAAAACCUGCUCCACUCCCAUGUUUCCAGGAGGUGAACACAAAAGGAGAUCGGUUUGGUCAUUGCUGGGGAGAUGGGGCAGAUGUCAACUUUCAGAAAUGUGAGCUGGAAAACGUCCUGUGUGGGAGGGUGCAGUGUACCAACGUUAGACGUCUACCUCGGCUGGAAGAUCAUGCAACUGUCAUUCAAAGCCUGGUGGGUGAUACCUGGUGUUGGGGCACAGACUACCACUUGGGUGUGGACAUUCCAGAUGCUGGAGCCAUUAAGGAUGGCACACAGUGCGGUGAGAAGAAGAUCUGUAUUAAUCAGACGUGUGUUCCUGAGGAGAACUACUUCCCAUCCCACUGUUCUGCCAAGAGAACGUGCCAAGGAAAAGGCGUCUGCAACACUAGAGGAAACUGCCACUGUGACUAUGGCUGGGCACCUCCCUACUGCAAGUUUAGUGGCUUUGGAGGAAGCGUGGACAGUGGACCUGCACCAGUCACUAAAAAGGACCCUUUUAGGUUCAUUAUCAGCAUUAACAUCGUAACUGUCGCUGUUCUGGUGCUUGCAGCACUUGUCAUUGUGCACGUGAGAAAACUCCGAGUAACCCAAGCCUUAAACAGGCUCGUCAGAUGCUUUUGGGCUGGAGAACGGGCUCCUGAGGAGGGGGCGAAGGACCAGGCAGAAGAAGGUGACUCAAAACCAGCUGAGAGUCAAAACCCCACUGUGUAG